CUUCGAGAAGGAUUGAUGUGUCACCUCCGUACUCUAGCCUAAGCCUACUCUAAUAAAUCUCGCGCCACUCGCCGUUUUUUUCUUUUUUUUCUUCCUCUUUACCUUUUCCCCCUCAUCUCAAUAGGGUUUACGGCAGGCGAAGCAGCAACAGAUCCAAUAAGGGGGAUCGUCACUCAGAGCCCGCUGUCCUUGCCUUGGCUUUUCCAGCCUGCGACUUAUCCGCUGCCGGGAGAGGGUCCCACUGCUGGGGAAGUGGGCGAUAGCUGCCCCUUGCAGAAAUUGUCCGACGCGAUUCUUGUUUGCCACAGAGCGUGUCGAGCCUUGCUGUGCCCAUUGUUGAUCUUAUCACCUGUGUGGUUGGCAAGAGUCUCUUGUUAAAGUAAACAAGAAGAAGAAACAGAGAGCAGAAAGAAAGAAAAGAAAUUCUCCCUCCCUCGACCUCGACAGGCUUCGCCUUUAUCGUCAUUUCACUAUAAUUCCCUCCCCUCGACCAUUUGAAUCGAGUCAUUUACCCACCUUAACCAUCAUUGCUACCUGUCCGGCGAGGAGAGAUGCCACGCAGACUGACGAACCCUUUUUCGAGUUCAUCCAGCAUGACGCCCUCCGAGAAGAUGGGUGAUCGUAGGCCGUCCACCUCCCGGACGAACCGUCUCACCCAGCUCUUCUCUUCGUCCCCCAAGAAUAAGGACAACCUCUCUGCGCAGCAGUCCCUGCUGGCUGUCCACCAGAACACCUCAUCGCAGCAGAUCACUGCGCCCUCCUUAUCGCUACCGACCAUUUCUCUAUCCACCGCCACCGCCGGCGAGGUCAACGAUGAGGAGCCCUCGACCACGCUCUUCCAGCCUCCCUCCACUGCCGAGAGCAAGCGGCAGACGCGCUCCGAGACCCAGUUUGGACCUCUGCUGCACCCGACCCAUAGAUAUAUCAGCAAACACCGCGGAGGUUCGCUCGAGACCCCCAUCGAGGACGAGCCGCCCUACUACUACGUCCUCACCACCUACAUCAGCUAUCUGUUCCUGAUUGUCUUCGGCCACGCCCGCGACUUCUUUGGCAAAUAUUUUGGCGACCAGAAGCGCUACAGCAUCAUUCGCGGCGCGAGUGGCUACGCCCCGCUGACCGACGACUUUGACAGCUUCUAUACCCGUCGCCUGAAGAGGAGAAUUGACGAUGCCUUCGCUCGCCCCACCACUGGCGUACCGGGCCGCUACAUCACCCUGCUAGACCGCACCUCAAACGACUUCAAUUACACAUACAAGUACACUGGCACCACCACGGAGACCCUCAACGUCAGCUCCUACAACUACCUCGGCUUUGCCCAAGCCGAAGGCGCAUGCGCGGAUGCUGUUGAAGAGGCUGUUCGCAAGUGGGGCCUGGCCGCCUGCAGUGCGAGGGCCGAUUGUGGAACAUCCGACUUGACCCAGGAAGUCGAGCGCGAGGUCGCCCGUUUCCUCGGCAAGCCCGACGCUAUGGUCUUCUCGAUGGGAUACGUCACCAACGCUGGCGCCUUCCCUGCACUUGUCGGCAAGGGCUGUCUGAUUGUCUCCGACGAGCUGAACCACGCCUCCAUCCGCGUCGGCGCCCGUCUGACCGGUGCCAUGAUUAGGUCUUUCAAGCACAACGACAUGGCCGACCUGGAGAAGAAGCUGAGGGAGGCGAUUGCCCAGGGACAACCCCGCACCCACCGCCCCUGGAAGAAGAUUCUGGUUGCAGUCGAGGGUCUAUACUCGAUGGAGGGUACCAUGGUCGAUCUGCCAGGUGUCCUGGCCCUCAAGCAGAAGUACAAGUUCUUCCUGUACGUCGACGAGGCCCACAGCAUUGGAGCACUUGGCCCCAAUGGACGGGGUGUCUGUGACUACUUCAAGGUGGACCCCAACGAGGUAGACAUCUUGAUGGGCACCUUCACCAAGUCUUUUGGCGCGAAUGGAGGCUACAUCGCUGCGGAGAAGCACAUCAUCACCAAGCUCAGGAGCAUCAACGCGGCAUCUCAGUACGGCGAGUGUGCCACUCCGGCUGUCCUGAUGCAGAUUCUCUCGUCUCUGAAGAUCAUCGAGGGCGAGCUGGUGCCGGGGCAGGGCGAGGAGAGAUUGCAACGUAUCACCUUCAACUCGCGGUAUCUCAGGCUGGGUCUCAAGCGGCUCGGGUUCAUCGUUGCGGGUCACGAUGACUCUCCUAUUAUCCCGAUCAUGCUCUACAACCCUGGAAAGAUGCUGGCGUUCAGCCACGAGAUGCUCAAGCGCAAGAUCUCGGUGGUGGUGGUCGGCUACCCUGCCACGCCCCUCAUCAGCUCCCGGGCGCGGUUCUGCAUAUCCGCGGCGCACAACAAGGACGACAUGGACCGCCUGCUGCAGGCAUGCGACGAGGUUGGCGACAUUCUCCAGAUCAAGUUCUCGUCGGGCAUCGCGGGCGGUCUCGAACCCCUGCCGGCGGGCGUGACACCCGAGAUGGAGAGGGAGUGGCGCAAGACCGGCGGCAAUGACAGCUCUAUCAUCAAGCCACCGAGGUGGUCGCUGGAGGACGUGUUCGCCUGCGGUGUGCGUGAUACCCAGCUGCCUCUGCGAUAGGUUCAGGAAACAGUGCUUCUGCGGACACGGGUAAUGUCUAUUACAUAGCUAUAUAUGUUUAGGCGGCUUUCAAAUCUCACCGGAGUUGUUGAGAAGAGAGGGAGAGAGGGAGAGGGGCCAAGGCUUGAGGCACAAAGCUUUGCAUCAUUAUCAGAAAAGGGACAAGACAUUACGACGGCGUUUGAGAUAUCAUGUAUGAACUUACUAAUUCACUUCUAUGGCCGGCAUGGACCAACAAUGGCCGGCAUGGACUAACAAGCCGUGGCUACGAAUGAGCAUUUACAAUUUUUAAUGCCGAUCAAAAUCGGCCUAAACAAGAUAUUUACAGAGCUAAGGUUGCCGCUUGCAAAAACGAGUGAAAACAC